AUGGCUCACCCGGAGAGCACCGGGGUAGCAGGCUUGCGGAUUGAAACAUCAUUUCAUCAACCAAGAUCACGAUGGGCAGGGGAUGAGGAGGAAAGGGAACCGACCACUAGUGGCGAUGGUAUCGACAGCGACCGCAUCAAAACAUCUCAUGGUUACAACGCGCAGAGCCGCGAUACUAAUAAAGACGGCAGUGUGUUAAAUGACUUACAUUCUGCGACACCUCCCAUCUCGGUUCCUCGCCCCGAUAGUCGUCCAACGACCGACGACGACGAAGACGACGAGUUCCCUCACAAGCCUGACGAUAUACAAGGCUCGCCACUGGAUGGCUACUUUCAAUCUCGACGACCGUCAAUCUCGUUCAACCCCAGAGUAUCUUUAGACUCGGGUCGCGACCAACCGCUGGGGGAACCACUGGCUCGUGGGGACUCAAAGAAUCGGCCCCCGCAAAAACACGAGUCCCGGACCUCUGGCCUCCGGAAUGCUCUGUCACAAGAUGACUCCCACACAAACCAAUCUUCCCACUCAUGGGAGUGGGGUACGAGUCCAUCCCAGGACCAACGGGGUAUCCCGACCGGAACCUCCCGUCGGGGUCAAUUCAGCAUGAGCCCUGGCAAUGAGUCAACUGGCACAGAGAUUGAUCAUCCCACUUCCCUUACGUCUUUGUCAACGGCAUCACCAGUUCAAGAAGAAGUUCGUACACCCCCUGGGAGUGUCAAAGAUGACCUCCUAUCACCUCUCUAUAUUACAUCCCCUACUCAACCUUUCGCGUCCCCGGAGGAUCGCAGCUCAUGGUCUGGAGGGGUCAUGACUCCAUUUGGAAGCAAACCCCGGAGCUCCACAUUAGAUCGCAGCAGCAGCUUACGGAAUUCUACCCGCCAUGGCUCUCGGCGCUCCACCACCUCAAGCGGCAAGUCCCCGGCCAGCAUGUUUUUGUCCAUGUGGUCCAAUCAAGGCCAACCAGAGGAACCGGCCGCCCAGCCCGAUGACGAGGGUCAACUUGUCGGAACCGACUAUGUCCUCGGUAAGCAGAUCGGUUUUGGAGGAUUCAGCACUGUCAAGGAAGCCUACAAGGUCGAGGGACAAGGCCAAACGAAAAGUGUAGCUGUCAAGAUUGUUAAAAAGCAAGUGAUAGGCCGCACUGAGAAAGAGAAUGAGGAUGUUCAAGCCGAGUUCGAUCAUGAAGUGCGAGUCUGGAGAUGGCUCAGUCACCCCCAUAUCUUAACUCUUGAUGCCGUAUACGAGACGGAUUUUGCUACAUUUUGCUUCACCAAACUUGCGAUCGGUGGAACUUUAUUCGAUCUUGUGCGCCAAAAUCGACAAGGGCUUGAUUCUGACCUGGCAAAGAAAUAUACUUAUCAACUGGCUUGUGCCAUUCGUUAUCUGCACGAAGACGCCCGUGUUGUGCACCGUGAUAUCAAACUUGAGAACUGUCUUCUGGACCCGGUCAAGAACCCCGAUGGCACCACCUUCUCUACCUUGGUAUUAUGCGACUUUGGAAUGGCCGAAUGGAUGACUACCGACAGCGGCGCCGAUAGUCCCGACCCUUAUGAUGAGGUUGCAGAUCGUCCCCCACCCAGUAAAAUGGGACCCGCUGGCUCUAGUACAAGUGUUGCUGGCAGUCUUGAAUAUGCGUCUCCCGAGUUGCUUCAGUCCUCCAGCGGGGUAAUCCACCCGUCAGUCGAUAUCUGGGCAUUGGGGGUUAUCGUGUACACCGUUGUCGUCGGGUCACGUCCUUUCCAAGACUCAUUCUUGCCUCGCAUCCAAGCCAAUAUUAUCGCCGGUAACUGGAAUGAGGAUGCUGUAGUUGGUGAAAUAAUCGACCAAAUCUCACGAAAGGACCGCCAAGAUGCCCUCGAGUUGGUCAAAGGCUGUCUCGAGAUGGAUACCAGCAAGCGAUGGACCAUUCGUGACGUCCUCGAAUGCUCCUGGCUUCGUGAAGUCGCUGAGUCGAGCAGUGAUAGCUCCCCAGAGUCUCUCUGGAGGCUUUGA